CCUCCGCAGCGCCGUGUCCAGCCUGGCGCGUGUGGACGAUUUCGACUGCGCAGAGAAGAUCGGGGCCGGUUUCUUCUCUGAGGUCUACAAGGUUCGGCACCGACAGUCGGGGCAAGUCAUGGUGCUGAAGAUGAACAAGCUCCCCAGUAACCGGAGCAACACGCUAAGGGAGGUGCAGCUGAUGAACCGGCUCCGGCACCCUAACAUCCUCAGGUUCAUGGGGGUCUGUGUGCACCAGGGGCAGCUGCACGCUCUUACCGAGUAUAUGAAUGGGGGCACCCUGGAACAGCUGCUCAGCUCCCCAGAACCCCUGUCCUGGCCAGUCAGGCUCCACCUAGCACUGGACAUUGCCCAAGGCCUACGGUACCUACAUGCCAAAGGUGUGUUUCACCGAGACCUCACAUCCAAGAACUGUCUGGUCCGAAGGGAAGACCGAGGCUUCACAGCUGUCGUGGGUGACUUCGGACUGGCUGAAAAGAUUCCUGUGUAUAGGGAAGGAGCAAGGAAGGAGCCGUUGGCUGUGGUGGGCUCCCCAUACUGGAUGGCUCCAGAGGUGUUGCGGGGAGAGCUGUAUGAUGAAAAGGCUGAUGUCUUCGCCUUUGGGAUUGUCCUCUGUGAACUCAUUGCCCGAGUACCUGCGGACCCUGACUACCUGCCCCGCACUGAGGACUUUGGCCUGGAUGUGCCUGCUUUUCGAACACUGGUGGGAAAUGACUGUCCGCUGCCUUUCCUGCUUCUGGCCAUCCACUGCUGCAGUAUGGAACCCAGCACCCGUGCCCCUUUUACUGAAAUCACCCAGCACCUGGAGCAGAUCCUGGAGCAGCUGCCUGAGCCUGCUCUCCUCUCCAAGACGCCCCUCACUAAGGCUCCCUUGACGUACAAUCAGGGGUCUGUUUCAAGAGGAGGUCCCUCUGCCACACUUCCCAGGCCAGACCCCCGGCUCUCCCGCAGCCGGUCAGACCUCUUCCUGCCACCUUCACCAGAAUCACCCCCCAGCUGGGGGGACAAUCUAACACGAGUCAACCCCUUCUCACUGCGGGAAGACCUCAGGGGUGGCAAGAUCAAACUCCUGGACACACCCUGCAAGCCGGCCACUCCACUGUCUCUGGUACCGCCAUCACCACUGACCUCUACCCAGCUGCCCUUGGUGACCACUCCAGAGACCUUGGUCCAGCCUGAGACUCCUGCCCGCCGCUGUCGUUCACUACCUUCAUCCCCUGAGCUCCCCCGGCGGAUGGAGACUGCACUGCCAGGUCCUGGCCCUUGCCCCGUGGGCCCCUCAGCUGAAGAGAAGAUGGAGUGUGAGGGCAGCAGCCCUGAGCCAGACCCUCCAGGGCCAGUUCCCCAGCUGCCUCUGGCUGUGGCCACUGACAACUUCAUCAGUACUUGUUCCUCAGCCUCUCAACCCUGGUCUCCCAGAUCAGGACCUCCCCUCAAUAAUAACCCCCCUGCCGUGGUGGUCAGUUCCCCGCAAGGAUGGACUGGGGAGCCCUGGAACCGAGCACAGCAUAGCCUUCCCCGGGCAGCAGCCCUGGAGCGGACAGAACCCUCGCCACCCCCAUCAGCUCCUCGGGAGCCCGAGGAGGGCCUGCCCUGCCCUGGCUGCUGCCUUGGCCCCUUCAGCUUUGGCUUCCUAUCCAUGUGCCCCCGCCCCACCCCAGCUGUUGCCCGCUACCGCAACCUGAACUGUGAGGCGGGCAGUCUUCUCUGCCACCGAGGGCACCAUGCCAAGCCACCCACACCCAGCCUGCAGCUGCCUGGGGCACGCUCUUAGCAGUGAGGCCUGCGAUCUCAGGCUUCCAGCCUUGGCCUUCAGGAUAGCCUGUAGGGACAGAGCGCACUUGCUGGACAAUGCCAGCCCCAGAUGGGCUGACUGGCUCUUCUCCCCGUCUAGGGGAGCCUCAGCAUGGUCUCAAUGGACAGAGCACUUCCUAUCUGACCCCUGGGUUCGCCGUCCCAUGGGGAUCACAGAACUAGACACAGCAUUGCUGACACACAAGACUAACACGUGCAAAUUAUUUAAAAAUAUUUCAAUAAAACUGCCUGGCUGGCUCCGGGCCAUCCAUCCACUCA